CCCUGCAAGUACAAAAUCCGUGAGCCAGCCCCGUCCGUGCAGAGGGGAGACGCUCGCGUUCCGCCAGCUUUCUGCCGUUACCGAGAGCGCGCGAGGGGGGACUUUUCCAUUUCUCUCGCUUUUGGAGGAUUUUAACGCAUUUUUAUUAUUAUUCGACCGGGCCAGAGAGUGGAGGAAAAAAAAAACCGGGUUACUUUGGAGAAAGCACAAUGUCAGCGACCUUCCCCGGACUUGUCCACGACGCAGAGAUACGCCACGACGGAUCAAACAGCUACCGGCUCAUGCAGCUCGGGUGCCUGGAGUCCGUGGCCAACUCCUCGGUCGCCUACUCCUCCUCCUCCCCGCUCACCUACCCGGCGCCGGCAGGGACGGAGUUCGCUUCGCCCUAUUUCUCGGCCAACCACCAGUACACACCCCUCCACCACCAGUCCUUCCACUACGAGUUCCAGCACUCCCACCCGGCCGUGGCCCCGGAGGCCUACGGCCUCAACUCGCUGCACUCGGGCCAGUACUACCAGCAGAUCCACCACGGAGAGCCCGCCGACUUCAUCAACCUGCACAAUGCGCGCUCGGCUCUCAAGUCCUCGUGCCUGGACGAGCAGCAACGGCGCGAGCUGGGCUGCCUCGACGCUUACCGGCGCCAUGACCUGUCGCUGAUGACGUCACAUGGCUCCCAGGCCUACGGCGUCGGUAUGCACCACCCGGACCAGAGGCUGCUGCCCGGCGGCGGCCUGGGUCUUCCUUCGUCAGGAUCAGACGACCUGCAGGGGCGUGUGCAGCCUGCCUGCAGCGUUGUUCUAUUCGGCCUAAACGGCAUUGUGUGUGCAGGGGGGACAUGUGUGGUGAAUCCUACAGAUCUGUUCUGCUCGGUACCGGGCCGCCUGUCGCUGCUCAGCUCCACCUCCAAGUACAAAGUCACCAUCGCUGAGGUGAAAAGAAGACUGUCCCCACCAGAGUGCCUCAACGCCUCCCUACUAGGCGGCAUACUGCGCAGAGCGAAGUCUAAGAAUGGAGGCCGGUGCCUCCGUGAGAAAUUAGACCGUCUAGGCCUCAACCUGCCGGCAGGACGGAGGAAAGCUGCCAACGUCACACUGCUCACCUCCCUGGUGGAAGGUGAGGCGCUCCACCUGGCGAGGGACUUUGGCUACACCUGCGAGACGGAGUUUCCCAGUAAGGCAGUGGGGGAACAUUUGGCGCGGCAGCACAGUGAGCCGAAAGAAACCAGCGCACGCAAGAAAAUGGUCCUAGCUACGAAGCAAAUCUGUAAGGAGUUCCAGGACUUACUGAGCCAAGACCGCUCUCCUCUGGGCUCCUCCAGACCGACCCCCAUCCUGGACCUGGACAUCCAGAGACACCUCACACACUUCAGUCUGAUCACUCACGGGUUCGGCACGCCGGCGGUCUGUGCAGCUCUCAGCACCUUCCAGACGGUCCUGAGUGAGAUGCUCAACUACCUGGACAAAAACUCGAGCGGGAAAACCAGCACCGACCAACAGAUCAACAACAGCUCAGAAAAGACGCAGCUCCGGAAAACAGUCGAGCCCCAGAGCAAAGACGGGAAAACAGAAAAGACUGAGUAGCCCCCACCCACCCGGUCCCCGUGCCUUGGAGCGCUGCAUUUAGGAGUGUGUGUGUGUGUGUGUGCACCCACACACACACACUCAGAAAGGAUUUGUUAACUCCCACUGUGUCUUCUUUGGGACAAUUCAUAUCAAUUGUUAUUUAUUUAUCUUAUGUUGAAAUAGAACACUAAACUGAACUGUCCCAAACAAGACGUCCUGAUGUGUGUGAACACAUCCUGUUUAGGUGUGUGUUUGUGUGUGUGUGUGUGUGUGUGUGUGUGUGUGUGUG